GCGCAGGCGCAGUGCGUGCAGGCAGCGGAGCAAGAGGAGCUUGGAAAAUGACCAACGGAAGGCUCCGAUUUGGCGAUGAAAUUCUGCAUUAUCACGACAAAAGCCACAUUUUUAACCCAAACUUUCUUAUUUUGUGUUUAGAUAGCGUGAACCAAGAGACUCCGGGACACAUUUCUUGACACUAGGUCGUUUGCGAGGCAUUUAAGACGCUUUCGUUUGCGACGGAAAAGGUGCACCUUUAACGUUAUUAUUAUUCCCCCCCCCCCCCCCCCCACGUCAACAAGAAUGUCGCGAAACAACAAAUAUCCUCUCAUCCAGAAAAUAGCUAAACAAGCGUUUAUGACUUUUAAAAGUUUAAAGUGUUCGGCCAAAGGAGAUAGUAAAGUCUUUGCAGAAAAUCAGGCCAAACUCAUCUCCUUGGUGACUGCGAUUAGGGCGACGGAUCUCAAGAUCUCUCCCCAGAAAAACAAACCCACCUCGGGCUCGUCGGAACCGGAUCCCCCGCCGGUCACCUACAUGCACAUCUGCGAGACGGAUGUGUUCAGCAUGGGCGUAUUCCUGCUCAGAACCGGAGCCUCCAUACCUCUUCACGACCAUCCGGGCAUGAACGGGAUGCUGAAGGUCCUCUAUGGCAAGGUGAACGUCAGUUGCUUCGACAAACUGGAAAGCGGCCAGACAGCCCCUCCUCGGUUCCAAACUCCCGUGACUCCAUUUCAAAAUGCUUCUCUGCGACGAUCCUUGCUCCGCUCAGUCGCUGAGUACUCGGAGAACAGCGGACCGUGUCUCCUGACACCUCUGCGGGAUAAUCUCCACCAGAUUGACGCUGUGGACGGGCCUGCCGCUUUCCUGGAUAUCCUGGCGCCGCCGUACGAUCCGGAUGACGGGCGGGACUGUCACUAUUACAAAGUUCUAAAAACUGUGGCAGAGCCAGACAUAGCUGUGAUGGAGAACCAGGAGCUUCAGGAAGAGGAGAAGGAGAUGUGGCUUUUGGAAAUCCCUCAGCCAGAGGACUUUUGGUGUGGAGGAGAACCUUACCCGGGCCCUGUUGUUUCCGUGUGACUACUAGAAAAUACAACUGAAUUACUUUUGGAAAUGACAUUUCAAUAAUCACGAUGUAGUCGCCUCAUUUCUUCUACACUGAUUUUUUUUUUUUUUUUGUAAAGCGAACACUAGAUCAUGUAGAAGACACAAAAAGACAAUUAGCAAAUGCUCUAUGCUCUAUGCUCGUCAUCACUGCCCUCAAAUAUUAAACAUGAAACUCUCAAGACUGCUCAAGAAAUUUCUUGUUGACAUCUUAUUCUAGUGUUUUUUUCUUCUUUUUUUGCAAGUUGCACAUGUUAUCACAACGCUUGAUACACUUAUUGAAUGUAUGUUGAAAAAAUAAAAUUCACAGACUAUAUUCAAA